GACCCAAGCCUCCCCCAUGCUCUCCGUUGUCUUAUCCUCGGGCCUUGGCAAAGAGAGUGGAGAGAGCCUAGUUUCUGGAGAAAAUUUCAAGUUUCAAGCGUAAAAUCAUCUCCUUUUGUAGCUGUUUUGAUACAUCUUCUCGGUGGGUUGAUCCAAUCUUUCUGUCUGCUUUUGUCCGUGAUAGUCAAUGCAAGUUAAGUAGCACGCCACAUGUUCGAUGAAUUGUCGCAAUGGCUUUCUCUUCUUGCUUAAAGUGCCACGACUGGACUCUGCCUUGUACUGCAAAGCACCCACCUCUUUCUCUCCCUUCAAAUUCCUCGAAAUUCGUCCUCUUCACACCCACUCGGCGUUAUGGCAAAUUCACGCAAAUCUCAGCCUCCACUUCUCCUUCUGUCUCCGCUCUCCCGCCAGACUUCACCCAAAAGCAGCUCAUCGACACGCUCCGCCGCCAGAAGGACGAAACCUUGGCGCUUAGCCUCUUCGAUUGGGCCUCAAAGCAGCCUAACUUCACUCCCACUUUGUCAGUGUACGAGGAAAUUCUUCGGAAGCUUGGGAACGUUGGAUCCUUUGAUUCAAUGUGGCAAGUCUUGGAGGAUAUGAAGGCCGCACAGUGCGAGGCCACAGAAGGUACUUUCUUGAUUUUAGUUGAGAGUUAUGCAAAAUUUGAUUUAUUUGACGAGGCUAUAGGCGUUCUUGAGUUGAUGGACCAAGAAUUUGGAUUGAGACCGGGCAGGUUUACUUAUAACUUUCUGCUGAACGUUCUUGUGGAUGGAAACAAGUUGAAAAUGGUGGAAAGUGUGCAUUCUAUGAUGUUUAGCAGGGGUGUUAAGCCGGACGUUUCGACGUUUAACAUCUUGAUAAAGGCUUUAUGUAAAGCUCAUCAAAUUAGGCCUGCCAUUCUGCUGAUGGAAGAUAUGCCCAACUACGGUUUGGCACCAGAUGAGAAGACUUUCACAACCAUAAUGCAAAGUUACAUUGAGGAAGGGAAUCUGGAUGCUGCAUUGAGAAUCAGAGAGCAAAUGGUGGCGGCUGAAUGUGCGUCUACCAAUAUAACGAAUAAUGUUUUGAUUCAUGGGUAUUGCAAAGAGGGUAGAAUUGAGGAAGCUUUGAAUUUUGUUCAAGAGAUGUCGCUUGAGGGAUUUCGUCCCGAUCAGUUUACCUACAACACUUUGGUUAAUGGGUUCUGCAAAGCUGGACAUGUUAGGCAUGCUCUAGAGAUUUUGGAUUUAAUGCUUCAGGAGGGGUUUGAUCCAGAUAUCUUUACUUAUAACACUUUAAUAUCUGGACUUUGUAAAUCGGGUGAAAUUGAAGAGGCCAUGGAAGUUCUCAAUCAGAUGCUUUCAAGGGAUUGUUCCCCAAAUACUGUAACAUAUAACACUCUGAUUAGCACCUUGUGCAAGGAGAACCAAGUGGAAAAGGCCACUGAAUUUGCACGUUUCCUCUCAAGUAAGGGAAUUUUACCUGACGUCUGUACGUUUAAUUCUCUGAUACAAGGUCUCUGCUUAACCAGGAACCACAAAAUUGCAAUGGAGUUGUUCAAAGAGAUGAAACAUAAAGGCUGCCAGCCUGAUGAGUUUACUUAUAACAUGCUAAUUGACAGCCUUUGCUCCAGGGGGAGACUGGACCAAGCUUUAGGCCUGCUGAAAGAAAUGGAAUCGAGUGGUUGUGCUCGAAGUGUAAUAACGUAUAAUACUCUGAUUGAUGGGUUAUGCAAGAACAAAAAAGUUGAAGAAGCAGAGGAGAUUUUUGAUCAGAUGGAACUCCUAGGUGUGUCAAGGAAUUUGGUGACAUAUAACUCCCUCAUUGAUGGCCUAUGUAAAAACAAGAGGGUAGAGGAAGCCGCCCAACUUACGGAUCAGAUGAUAAUGGAAGGAUUGAAACCCGAUAAGUUCACCUAUAACUCCCUGCUUUCACACUUCUGCAGAGCAGGUGAUAUAAAGAAGGCAGCAGAUAUUGUCCAAACCAUGAGCUCAAAUGGGUGCGAACCAGAUGUCGUCACCUAUGGGACCCUGAUACAGGGACUGUGCAAAGCAGGUAGAAUCGAGGUUGCGAGCAGGCUCCUCAGAAGCAUCCAGAUGAAAGGAAUGGCUUUGGCUCCACAGGCUUAUAAUCCUGUGGUUCAAGCACUCUUUAGGAGGAGGCGAACGAAAGAAGCAAUGAGACUCUUCAGAGAAAUGGAAGAGAAGGGCGAUCCCCCUGAUGCCAUAUCGUACAAAAUUGCCUUUCGCGGGCUUUGUUCUGGUGGAGGACCCAUCGGAGAGGCUGUUGAUUUCGCAGUCGAGAUGACCGAGAGAGGAUUCAUACCCGAAUUCUCUUCAUUCUCCAUGCUGGCCGAAGGGCUUUGCGCUUUGUCCAUGGAGGACACCCUUGUUAAGCUUGUCCAUAGGAUCAUGAAGAUAGCCAACCUAUCGGACAGUGAGGUGUCCAUGAUAAGGGGCUUCCUCAAAAUCGGUAGAUUUCAAGAUGCACUGGCCACUCUUGGCAGUAACUUGAAUAGAGGAAGACCCUGGAGGGCUUAUUGAUUGUUCAUGACAUGGGAAUCUUGCAGAAGAGAGAAAGGGUGCCUUUCUUGGAAUUCCUUGACUCCUCGGAAUGUUCUUCUUCAAUAUGGCUGCCCUUCUUCCUUCCAUCAAAGGAAUGUUGGAUGCUUCAUCUUGUACUGCUGCACUGUUAUAAUAUCUGAACCAUGCAUUCAUCUGCCAACAAACAUCCAUGUUGAAGGAUUCUCCUGACAUUUGAAUCUUGAUUACUUCUUCCAGACUGUUCAAUUACUUGUCUAUUUACUUGGGGCUUAGCCCAUGUUCGGGGGAAUUGUCAAUUUUUAGUUCUCUAGAUUUAGUUUCUUAUUUUUUGUUAAAAGAAAUAAAAAAUGAGCAUAUUGUUUAACAAGACAUUGUUUUUUUUAAUGUAUUUUUUAUUAGAUUAUCCAAGUUUGUUAAGUUUAUAGGUUGGUUUAGGUCUAACUAAACUAACCCGUUUAACGUCUUUAAUGAUGAACAAAUUAGUAAGGGUUGUUAGAGUAUUAAUGU